ACUAUACCAAAAGAGAUGAGAAUGUGUCAUGGGGCUGGUUACUCUGAGAUGAGGCUCCCAAACCUGAUGGGACAUGCUACCCUGGAAGAUGUUAUUCCAAAGUCUGCUGAGUGGAUCCGUCUUUUACAAACUGGCUGUCACCCCCAAGUACGAACUUUCUUGUGUUCUCUGUUUGCACCAGUCUGCUUGGAUAGCUUCAUUCAGCCCUGUCGAAGCAUGUGCACUGCGGUUCGUGACAGCUGUGUCCCAAUCUUGGCUUGUCGUGGUCAUUCGUGGCCCAAAGAACUGGACUGCGAGAGAUUCCCUUCUGAUGAGGACUUGUGUUUUGCAUCUAAUACCAAACACAAUGGUGUUUAUUAUAAAUUUUUUCCCAAACCUACAUGCCAAGAUUGCCCUGCAGUUGAGGAACCAUUUUCUUACAAGCAAGUCCUGGACACUUUUUGUAACAACAAUUUUGCAGUAAAAGUUAAACUGGUGAAGAAGCAGGCGGCCUCACAUCAGCUGGAAUACGAAGUAGAAGGAAGAGUAGAAUUUAUCAAGCAGGGAUUACUCAUGCCGUUCGAUACACGCAACUUGAUUCAGCAGUGGUUGAUGAUCAAUGACCAGUGUGCCCAGCAGCUAGGUCAUUUAAACCGUUCAGUGUUUUACGUGAUUGUAGGAGAUGUAUAUGAACGAAAGGUGACAUUCAACCGAAUCUAUAACUGGCAAAGAAAAGAUGGCCAGCUGACAACAGCCACACGCAAAUGGAGACAACAUAAAUGUUAG